ACCGGCACAUCCAGCACCGGGAGCUCAUCGGGUGCCCGACUACCAGUGAUAGUGUUCAUCGGGGGCGAGACGUACGACUGGGACGCCGGCAACCCAUACGACGGCUCAAUAUUAGCCAGUUUUGGUCACGUGAUUGUCGUUACCCUUAAUUACCGGUUAGGGGUGUUGGGAUUCCUACCGGCGGUAGUGGACGGUGCUGUUCGGGGUAACUACGGGCUCAUGGAUCAAGUGGCAGCCCUACACUGGGUUCAGGAAAAUAUAGGGGAAUUUGGUGGUGACCCCCAUAAUGUCACUGUCAUAGGGCAUGGAUUCGGGGCCAGUUGUGUGCACUUAUUACUACUAUCACCUAUGGCUAGAGGCCUAUUCGCAAGGGUGGUGCUCAUGAGUGGCUCGGCGUUAGGUCCGGCCAGUAUAGCCAGGGAUGCCGAUACAUACGCCCGACAUUUGGCC